CAAACAUUAACAAACAACCUUCGGAUAUCACAAGUCCUUCCUACAUCAAGAUCAUCACGGCAAAGUUACUCUCCGACAUUUCACAUAUCAAAUAAUCCUUUCAAUAUACGAUUUUCGACUAAUGCUUUGAAUAGUUUUUUUGUAUCACUUGUCAAACGAAUGCCAAAUGUUUGGAAAAUAUGGUUUAGUAUUGGAGUAUUAGUGGGCAUUGUGACUUUCUUCUUUGGCAUUGGGAUCAUGGUUGUGGCUAGUUGGAAACUUUUAAUUGGGAUACUUGAAUUACUUGGAUUAAGUUGGACAGGUGAGGCAGAAAAUAUAUCAUCGAAUAUAAUAAAUAAAAGGAGCUUUGAAGAACAUGUUCGACACGACGUAAAUGAUGAAAAUAACCAAGUAUUUAUUCCUGUG